AUGUUUUUUCUCAAGGAGGAGACCAAGGUCAUCACGUUGCACCCGUCCUACUUCGGGCCCAAUGUGCGCGAGUAUCUGAUCAACCGGCUCAACGAGGAGGAGGAGGGCCGCUGUACCGGUGACCAUUUUGUGAUCUGUGUGAUGGACAUGGUGGAUAUUGGCGAAGGACGGGUGCUGCCCAGUGGGGGACAGGCCGAGUACACGAUCAAAUACCGCGCGAUCAUCUGGAAGCCGUUCCGCGGGGAGACUGUCGAUGCUAUCGUGACUUCCGUCAAACCUACGGGAAUCUUCACACUGGCCGGGCCACUGUCCGUCUUUAUUGCGCGCAAAAACAUCCCAUCCGAUAUCCGGUGGGAGCCAAACACGGUGCCCCCACAAUAUACAGACCAUGCGGACCAGGUGAUCGAAAAGGGCACCAGUCUGCGACUAAAGAUUCUCGGUGUGAAGCCGGACGUGGCGGCGAUCAACGCCAUUGGGACCAUCAAGGAGGACUAUCUCGGACCACUGUAA